CAUGGAAAUAAGGAAAGCUUGGGCUCAUAGAGUCCCUGGAGCACUUUUGAAAUUAUUAGUGUGCUGGCUACAGAUCUUCGAAUGCCUGAUGACGUGAAAAUAAACGAUAAGCACUAAAACAGAUACCCAAAUGCAUACUCAGGAUAGACGGGUAUGAAGAUGGAUAGAAAAACAUUUUCAUUGAAUGUACAUGGAACUUUCUCAUGCAAUUAAUUCAGGUGGGUCACUAAAAGCACAUAAACGACUCCAUUGAUGCAUUGAACGUCAGGCGAACCGUUGCUUCGCUCCCCCUACUCCUACUGGGUUGUCCCACUGAAGAGUCUUUCGGACUCCAGCAUUUUAAACUCCGCCGUUUUUCUGUCGGGAGGGAGCUGGGGCUGGAAACCUAAUACCGUAAACGGGUAACCUAAGUUCCGGACAGCGUGAAACAUAAACGCCGCAGGCUGCAGCUUCACCAAAAGGGGGCAUCCAGUCACUGGAUAGUGCGCAUUUCGCAUAGUUUUGAUCGGAUGAAACUAACUCAUAAGAAUAAAAGCCUAGUUCAGUUUAAUGGUCUGAGUUUACGUUAGGAGCAGAGAACAGCAGGAUGCGCGAGUUUUAUCGAAAGUAACAACUGCAUUAAAGUUGUUACUCCAUUUUUCGAUAUUAAAUUGGCAGUUCAGAGGAAUUCCAUUAGUCUUCCGCAGUUUGUGGUGAUGGAUCUCAGGAGUAGGCGCUCCUUGUCGGCGGCAGGUGGAUCCUCGGCGGCGGGUAGAACGGCUGCGCUGGCCGACUUGUUACACUGGAACUGCACUGAACUGCUGAAGCUCUACAAAGAGAAGGAGAGCUUCACUUCAGACAUCACAUUGACAAAGGAUCGCAUCAUCACCCUGCCCCCAACCUCACCCCAUCUCUCGGCGGAUGAUCGGCUGUGGAUCCUGCAUUCCGCCCUCCAUCAGUGCCUCGAGUUCCUGGAGACAGUGAUGCGUAGGGAGGAGGAGGAGUUUGGAAUCCAGGUGGGAGGAGACUACAGGAAAAUGCAAAACAUAGUGAAAGCCAGACUUGGGGAUCUCCUCCAGAGCAUGAAGCUCCUCACAAGGGGAGAGAGAGUGACGGCACUCGCUUCUCACACAGAGUCUACAGAUGGCUCAGAAAAUGGCAACAUUUUCGCGCUGAAGGUCUGGAUCUACAGGGUCCUGCAGGAACUGAUGCACUGGAUCAAGUGUGCCAGUGAAACUCUCCUAACACUGCAGUCGGAGCGAGAGACGGAGCCCAGAGUGACCAGGAGGAGAGGGGGCCAGGAGAAACGCGGAAGUGAGGGAGAGGGAGGGAGAGAGAGAGAGUGGAGGAGCAAAGUGAGGAGAAGAGCGAUGGAGGGAAAGGUUGCAAAGGGGAGGUGUAAAGCAAAAUGAAGGUAUGGCAGGCAGGCAGCCUGGAGGAGGAGUAACAGGAGCGCAGAGAAGGACACAGACUGGAGAGGAAGUAUGAGCAGACUGAGAGGCGUGUAAAAAUAUAGUAAAAAUACAGUGUAUGUACACUGGCGGCCAGAAAUUUAGGCCCCCCUCAGAUAUUAAAAAAGGUACCACUUUACAAUAAGGCUCCCUUUUGCCUGGUAAAUGGUAGUAACUCAUUAAUAAAAAAGAAAACUGUUAUAACUUGUUUUAAAUUGUCUACUAAUAAGUGCUGCAACCUUUACAAUUAGUACCAUUACUAAUCUACAAUUAAUAACCAGAUUAUAAACCAUUCAUAGACUCUUCAUAUGGUUAGCCUUAUUGUAAAGUGGCACCAAAAAAAAUACACUGCUUUGUCAAACUUUUAUUAGAAGAAAAUAUUAGAAAUGUUAACAAAAUAAUUUUUAGUAUUUUAAAGCUUGUAGUAACACAUUAUUUAGCCACAAAGGCUGAAACUAUUGGUUUUGUAGAAGACAUAUCAGGUCUGUCUUUGGUGCAUUGACACUCACUUUGUGUUGAAAUUCUAUUUACUGAUGUCAUAACCUGAUUUGCUCCUGGCUUCUCCUGAUUGUGUCUUAAUAAACUAAACGAUAAUCACA